AUGUCAACGACUCCGCAGAAACCAGUUGCUUUUGAGGUGCAAGUACAAGAGAGCCCAAGCUCUCAGCCACCGGAAGGGCUAUUGAAAAGACUUAACGAAGAGAAAGAAUGUCUCACUGAAGAACAGGUUGCGCUCAAACAUGCAGCAGCCGAAGAAAGGAAAAAAGAAAUUGAAGAAGAACGUCGCAAGAAAGCUGCUGAAGAUGUUGCCCGUGCUAAAGAAGUAGCUGAGAAACAACGUCAACUUUCUGACGCAGCUAAAGCUGAAGCACUGGAAAAGUUACAAGAGAAAUUGGAUACGGCAGCAGCAAGGAAAGAUGAAGCGGAAAAGAAACGUCUUGCCGAAUUGCAAAAACAGAGACCUGAAAAACAACCCGAAAACCACUCCCAAGAAGAAAUUGAUGCCAAACACGCAGCCGCUGAAGAACGCAAGAAGCAACUUGAAGCCGAACGUGUAAAGAAAGCUUCAGAAGUCAUAGCUCAUGCGAAACAAGUUGCUGCAAAACAACGCCGUCUGUCCGACGAAUUGCGCCAAGAAGCACGUGAUAAAUUACAGGAAAGACUCGAUCAAGCCGCAGCCAGGAAAGAGGAGCUAGAAAAGACUCCACCCAAGUUGAAGAGGCAGCAGAGUGGAUAA